AUGGCAGAAGAGAUCAGAACAUAUACUUUUAAUAUGGAAAUGAGUUGCGAAUGCUGCGCUAAAGCUGCUAAAAGAGUUUUAGCGAGUCUUGGAGAUGCAAUCAAGGAAGUAGAAACGAAUGUCACAAACAAUACAGUCACUGUUCGAACCACUCUACCUGCUGAUGAUGUUUUGCAAAAGCUAGAACAAACGCAGAAGAAGAUCACUUUGGUUGCUUCUUAA